CAAAUCUUCCACUGUGGGGAGACAGCCCUACGGCCGGCUGUGUAGCUGAGGGGUUUUGAAACAUCGCCACCUCCGUCUGGUCCGCUUCUCGAAAUCGCCCAAGGCUUGAUGGUUGGCAUGUAGGCCGAGAGUGAUGCAAAAGCGGAACUGGUUGAACCAAGCCCAAAGACAAAAUGGCCGCUGAGCAAAGGACGGUGUUCUGUUUGGCUCCCCACCCGUAUGAGGCUGUGGCGGAGAAGGCAGUGAAAAUGGAAGAGCUGGACCCGGCGGGAUCCACCCCACCAGAGGGGCCAAAACGAUUCAGAAAGACCCCCCAAGGUGGGACCAUUGGGGAAUGCCUCAGCCGGGCCAUUGCGAAGCAAGCCGAGUGUGAGCUGGAUGAUGGCUUGUUGUCCCACUGCUGGGAGGCCCAGUGGCAGGAGUUCCUGAAGAACGUACAGUCUCCAUUUUCCGGGUGGACCAGCUCUCCGCAGCUCCCCGUUCCAUUGGCUCUCUCGGAAACAUCGGCCAGGGUUUGCCAGCAAGAAGCGGCGAGCGGUCUUCCUUCAGGCAUCCGAGAGGGGUCCCCCAGGACCGAUGCGCAGCCCAUAGAGAAAGCGGGUUGCGGGGCUGUGAAGGGGGAGACCCCGCACGAGGGAGAGGCUCCCGGUGCCGAAACACGGCGCCAACGUUUCCGCUGGUUCUGCUACCAGGAGGUCGAGGGGCCCCGGGAAGUCUGGGCCCGGCUGCGGGAGCUCUGCUGUGAGUGGCUGACGCCCGAGCUCAACUCCAAGGCACGGAUCGUGGAUUUGGUGAUCCUGGAGCAGUUCCUGGCCAUCUUGCCGGAGGAGAUCCAGAGCUGGGUGGGCGAGGGCGGGCCGGAGACCUGUGCCCAGGCGGUGGCCCUGGCUGAAGACUUCCUGCUGAGGCAGCAGGAGGCAGAGAGGUGGAAACAGGAGUUCCUGGGAGAAUUUGAGGAGGUGGCGAUGAGUUUCUCUCGAGAAGAGGAUACUGGAAAGAGUCCCCACCCCAGGGAGAUCAAGCAAGAAGGCCAGGAGGGGGCCACGUUGCUGGCAGGCGAUGGCUGGGAGAGCGAGGAAGAAAGGCCCUCAUUUGAGGUGCCGUUGGAAAGAAUAAAGCCUCGAGACCCAGAAGAGCGCUUUGGGGAUCAAGACGGGAUGAGGCAGGAAGAGAGAAUACAAACAGACAAGAGUCAGAGUGAUAAAUCCAUCCUUUGCCGGAGUGCUGCAUCUGGUGAAACUGUAGCACAACGAAGAGUUUCCACGGGAAAGCGACAGUUUGUGUGCAAUAUUUGUGGGAAAACUUUUACUCAGAAAUCAAACCUCAACAGGCACCAGAGAAUCCACACGGGAGGAAAGAAGUAUCAGUGCUUUAAGUGUGGGAAAACCUUUAAUUGGGAGACUAGCUUUACUAGACAUCAGAGAUUCCAUACGGGUGAAAAGCCUUACCCGUGCUUAGAAUGCGGGAAGAGCUUCAGUCGGAGUGCAAACCUUAACAUCCAUCAGAGAAUUCACACAGGAGAGAAACCGCACCAGUGCGUAGACUGUGGUCAGAGCUUUAGUCAUAUCUCCAACCUCGUCAGGCACCACAGAGUUCAUACUGGAGAGAAGCCUUAUAAAUGCCUGGAGUGCGGGAAGGGUUUCACUCAAAAAUCAAACCUUAUCAAACAUCAGAGCGUGCACUCGGACGACAAACCACACAGGCACUCUUCUUAUGGGAAGCGAUUCAGUCAGAGGCCAAACCACAACAGACUCGAACGGAUUCCGUUUGGAGAAAACGCAUGCAAAUGCUUCAAGUGUGGGAAGGUCUUUUCCCGGAGAGGGAACCUCCUCAGGCAUCAGAGCAUCCACACAAAAGAUAAGCCGCAUAAGUGUCCGGAAUGCGGGAAACGUUUCAACCAGAGGACAAACCUUAAUGCUCACCAGAGAAUUCACACCGGAGAGAAGCCUUACAAAUGUCCGGACUGUGAGAAAAGUUUUCGAUGGAGAGCACACCUCCUCAUACACAAGAGACUGCACACAGGGGAGAAACCGCACAAGUGUGGUGAUUGUGGGCAGAGCUUUAGCCAGAGAUCCAACCUUGUGAGGCAUCACCGAAUCCACACUGGAGAGAAGCCCUACCGAUGCUCAGACUGUGGGAAGAGCUUUGGUCAGAAAUCGAACCUGAUCAAACAUCAAAAGAUUCACACUGAAGACAAUGCUCUCAAUCCAAAACCAAACCAUAUUCGGCGCGAAAGAAUUAUCACAGGAGAAAACCUGUAUAAGUGUUUCAGAUGUGGGAAAACAUUUUCCCGGAGAGGGAACCUUCUUCGACAUCAGAGCAUCCACAGCAGGGAGAAACCACACAAAUGCGCUGACUGUGGGAAGAGGUUCAAUCAGAGAACGAACCUCAUCAGCCACCAGAGGAUUCACACAGGUGAGAAACCUUUCAAAUGUUCGGAUUGUGGGAAGAGUUUUCGUCAGAGCCCGCACCUUAUCAAUCAUCAGAAAGUCCAUACAGAAGAGGAGGCAUCAUACAGAAGUUCAGGUUGUCCGGAAAGUGUAGAUCCAGGAUUGAACCCUAGCAGACAUGAGAGAAUUGAGGUGGGAGAAACCCCGUAUGAAUGCCUUAAGUGUGGGAAAAUCUUUAAUUGGCAAUCAAACUUCAUCAGGCAUCAGAAAAUCCAUGCUGGUGAAGAGCCUCACAAAUGCUCUGACUGUGGGGGGAAAUUCAACCGAAGGAAAAACCUCAUUGCCCACCAGAGAAUCCACAUGAGAGACAAGCCCUACAAAUGUCCAGAUUGUGAACAGAGCUUCACGUGGGAAGCUCACCUUAUCAUCCAUCAAAGAAUCCACACGGGAGAGAAACCCCAUCAAUGCACAGAGUGCGGGCAGAGCUUCAGCCAGAGGUCCAACCUUAUCCGGCAUCAGAGAAUCCACACAGGUGAGAAGCCCUACAAAUGUACAGACUGUGGCCAGAGUUUCAGUCAGAGAACGCACCUUGUUGUACAUCAGAGAACGCACACGGGAGAGAAACCGCACAAAUGCCUGGACUGUGGGCAAGGCUUCAGUCAAAGGGCGCACCUUACAGUGCAUCGGAGAAUCCACACAGGGGAGAAGCCCCACAGGUGCGUGGACUGUGGGCAAGGCUUCUGUCAAAGAUCUAAUCUUAUCAGGCAUCAGAAGACCCAUGCCUGCGAGAAGAACAAAUAAGAGAUGCUUCCAUUGAAGCCCGUGCUGAGGACAGGGCCAAAACCAUUAUAUAGCACAAGCUGAGAGAGUGACACUUUUACAAAAACUCCAGUCUUGCUAGGCAUCUUGGCAGGAACAGAGACUAGGAGGUACUGCCUGUACCCAGAAAGUUGGGUGGGGACACAAGACCUCUCUUCUAGCUCCCCUUCCUUUUUCUGAGCCUUGCAAAAUAGCGACAGCAGCCGGUGGCUCGCGAUGGGCCAACUACACUUGAAGACAAAAGCAUCUGGAACCCAUUCCGACUUGGGGAAACACCCGAGGCAAGGACUGGGGAACCCGUGGCCCUCCCAGAUCCUGCCAGCCUCCAACUCCCAUCAGCCCCAGCCAGCAUGACCAAAGUUCUUGGGGAAUGAUGGGAGUUGUAGUAUUGAUGGCAUCUGAAGGGCCAAAGGUUCCUUAUUCCUGGCCUAGGCAAGGUGGGGGGUUCUCUGAAUUGGGUUCUUCAUUCUGUUCUACCUGCCGCCUCUGUCUGUCGUCUCAUCUUUCAGUUCAGCUUUCUGGUUCUAUUAAACCCCUUGUGAAGCUGAA